AUGACAGCCGGGACUGUGGUCAUCACCGGGGGCAUCUUGGCGACUGUGAUUCUGCUCUGCAUCAUCGCGGUUCUGUGUUACUGCCGGCUCCAGUACUACUGCUGCAAGAAGGAGGAGUCCGAGGAGGACGAGGAGGAGCCCGACUUCGCCGUGCACUCGCAGCUGCCCCCGCUGCACUCGCACCGCAGCCUCGUGCUGACCAACGGGCCGGCGCUCUACCCGGCCGCCACCGCCGCCGCCUUCAGCCAGAAGUCCCCGCAGGCCCGCACCCUCUGCCGCAGCUGCUCCCACUACGAGCCGCCCACCUUCUUCCUGCAGGAGGACGAGGACGUGCGCAACGGCGGGGAGCGCGUCUCCUACAAGAGCGCCAGCGGGGAGGACGCGGAGCUGCCGCCCGGGAGCUUCGGGGCCCUGCAGGCCCUCAACCCUAACCGCCUCUCGGCCAUGCGGGAGGCCUUCGCUCGGAGCCGCAGCAUCAGCACCGACGUCUGA